AUGGCGGCUCCGGUAGUUGACAUCAUCGCCAACGGCAGCAGCGCGACGCAACAACAGCAGCUGGUCAACAACUACAACCCAUACUACCCCAUCGGCUCGUACAUCGAAGGCUACGCGGCGAACGAAUGGAGCGUGCCAGCACUGCUCGGCGUCUUCUUCGGCGCCUGCACCCUGCUCCUACCCACGACGUACAUCCUCGCGAAACGACUCCAGCCGACACUUAACAAAACCGAGCUCAUCACCAUCCUCUGGUUCGUCCUCUCCGGCUCCAUCCACAUCUUCUUCGAGGGUUACUACGCCUACAACUACGACACGCUCGGCUCGAAGCAGACGCUCAUCGGGCAGAUGUGGAAGGAGUACGCGUUCUCGGACUCGCGGUACCUGACCAAGAACUCGUUCGUGCUCAGCGUCGAGACGGUGACGGUCGUGUGCUGGGGGCCCGGGUGUUUCCUCGUGGCGGCGUUGAUCUUCCAGCGACAUCCGCUGAGGCAUCCGUUGCAGAUGUUGGUGUCGUUUGGGCAGCUGUAUGGCGAUGCGCUGUACUAUGCGACGUGUUUGUUUGAUCACUAUGUUGCGGGGAUCAGCUAUUCGAGGCCCGAGGCGUUUUACUUUUACUGCUAUUUUGUGCUGAUGAACUUUUUCUGGAUCUUGAUCCCGGGCAUCCUGAUCUACCAAAGCACCAUGCACGCAGCAUCCGCGAUCGAGACGGUCCAGAGACUCAAGUCUGGCAAGAAGGUUCAGUAG